CCCCGAUUUCUCCGCAUCGUAUCCCGACCUAUCCCCACUCUCGGACACUCUCCGCGCACCGAAUAACAACUUCUUUCUCAUCGCGUGGUUUGUCGCCUGGCGUGGGAAGAAAAUCGCACUAUUCGAAACCUUUACCAUGACAUCACGGAGAGGAGGGAGUUUGUUCCGCAGCGCGUAAUCAUGUACGUAUAACUGCAGUCUUGCGGGUCAGUGGAUACAGCGGAUCUAGCAGUUCACUCUAGAUGGGUCGUAUCUAUGCACUCUCACACUCUCACUUGAACCUAAUAAUGGCUGCCCUUCGUUCACAUUUUAAACAUCACAAUUCCUUUCUUCAUCUCUUCUCAACUUCAACAUCAUUGCCCAAAAUAUAUUCAAUUUUCUUCUCUUCCAAUACUCCAUUCUUCGUCGUCACAUCUUCACAAUGGGCUCUAUAUCCAUCAGUCCCGAUACGGCGGUGCCCGCGCAUAUCCUAGAAUCCAGGCAAACGCCAGCCAAUGCGGCCCUUUUCUCGCUGAGCGGGAAAACGGUCAUUAUUACAGGCGGAGGCAGAGGCUUGGGCAUAGUUCUAGCCGCUGCUGUUCUCGAGGCCGGUGGCUGCGCAGCUUGCAUCGACAUUCUGCCCGCACCCUCGGGCGCCGAAUGGAAUGAUCUCCAGGUUAUCGCUAAGAAGUCCAACUUGCGCGCUACCUACCACAAAUGUGACAUCACGACAGAAUCAGAGCUCUCGGAAUGUUUCGAUCAGAUUGCCGCAGAAGGCACUCGCAAUGGAGCGCCGUUGGGGGGGACAAUUGCCUGUGCAGGGAUCCAGCAGAAGAUCCCCGCUGUUGAUUACCCAGCUGAUAGCUUCAGGAGAAUUAUGGAUGUGAAUGUCACUGGAACAUUCUUGACCAUCAAGCAUUCGGCCAGGAUUUUCAUGGCGGAGCGCACAAAGGGGAGUAUUGUCAUGAUUGCUUCCAUGUCCGGCCAGGUUGCAAACAGGGGCUUAACUUGCACAGCUUACAAUACCUCAAAAGCUGCAGUUCAACAGAUGUGCAGGUCGGUUGCUCAAGAAUGGGGUCAGUUUGGUAUAAGGGUCAACACACUAUCACCUGGCUAUAUCCGAACAGCCAUGACUGACGAACUCCUCACCGCUGAGCCAGAAGUUGAGAAGACGUGGAUGGCAGGCGCUCUAUUAGGCAGACUUGGAACACCAGAGGAUUUCAAGGCUCCGGCGGUGUUCCUGUUGGCAGAUGGGAGUUCUUUCAUGACAGGGGCAGACUUGCGAGUAGACGGAGGGCACUGCGCUUCAGCUUAAUAUACCGCGAUUGAUAUAAG